AGGCAACUCUGCUUUUUGAGUAGAUUCAGAGGAAUACUUCGACCGCAGAGGAUUGUUUACAAGUGAUUGUUGACAUGACUUUAGCUCACCGAGCUCUCUUUACAUGGUUCAUUUUUCUGGUAUUUUUGAUACUUGUCUGUCUGCGACUCGAUCCUCGCACCCAUUGGAAUUGGUUCCUUGUCUUUAUUCCACUAUGGGUGUUCGAUGGUAUUCUCAUUAUAUAUGUCAUCAUAAAAAUCGUUAGAAAGUGGCGGAAUCUUAAGCGUUUAAAGGAGCUACUGGUUAACUAUCAAUGGUACAUAGGUGGAGUGCUGCUUAAGAUUGCAUCUCAGCUUAUGAUUUGCCUGACACUGGAAUAUCCCGAAUUGGAAAUCUCAAUUUUUGUUACAAUGAUACCCAUAUGGAUACUGUUGUCAGCGUCAGUGGUUUAUGUGUUUGGACGAUUGCAUAAAAUCGAGUCCUGGUGACGACAUCAAGAUCAGAAGGAGAACAAUGACGAAUGUACUGAACGCCUGUUUAGCUUGUAAAAAGGAAUGAUAUUCUUGUAUAAAUAAUUUGCUGUAAGUAAAUAAUAGCCUUAAGCCUCUCACUCUCCUCUUAAAAUAAAAAUCUCGAUUAAAAUAA